CGGGCCCGCCGCAUCCGAGCCUUACGUAACGAUGGCCGAGCCCGCGAGCUGAUGGCCGCGCUCGUCUGGUGGCUGGCGGCCUGCUGCCUGCUGCGCGCCGCCACCGCCGGCAACCCCGACGCCAAGCGCCUCUACGACGACCUCCUCUCCAAUUACAACAAACUCGUGCGGCCCGUCGUCAACACCACCGACGUGCUCCGCGUUUGCAUCAAACUUAAACUUAGUCAACUCAUCGAUGUUAACCUGAAGAAUCAGAUAAUGACGACGAACCUCUGGGUGGAGCAGUCGUGGUACGACUACAAGCUGCGCUGGGAGCCCAAGGAGUACGGCGGGGUGCACAUGCUGCACGUGCCCUCCGACCACAUAUGGAGGCCCGACAUCGUGCUGUACAACAAUGCCGACGGCAACUUCGAGGUAACGUUGGCGACCAAGGCGACAAUCUACCACCAGGGGCUAGUUGAAUGGAAACCGCCUGCGAUAUACAAGUCCUCCUGUGAAAUUGAUGUGGAAUAUUUUCCGUUCGACGAGCAAACGUGCGUUCUUAAGUUCGGUAGCUGGACGUACGACGGAUUCAAGGUGGACCUUCGACACAUGGAUGAGCAGGCCGGCAGCAACGUGGUGUCCGCGGGCGUGGACCUCUCGGAAUUCUACAUGUCUGUCGAGUGGGACAUCCUGGAGGUGCCGGCUGUUAGGAAUGAAAAGUUUUAUACAUGUUGCGACGAGCCGUACCUGGACAUCACAUUCAACAUCACGAUGAGGAGAAAAACAUUAUUUUAUACAGUGAACAUUAUAAUCCCUUGUAUGGGGAUUUCAUUUCUCACAGUUCUAACAUUUUAUUUGCCGUCAGACAGCGGAGAAAAGGUGACGUUAUCGAUAUCGAUAUUGAUUAGUCUCCACGUGUUCUUCCUGUUAGUAGUUGAAAUUAUCCCUCCAACCUCCCUGGUCGUGCCACUUCUGGGGAAGUACCUCAUUUUUGCAAUGAUACUCGUCUCUAUAAGUAUAUGUGUCACGGUAGUGGUUUUAAAUGUCCACUUCCGAUCGCCACAGACACAUCGGAUGGCGCCGUGGGUGAAGAGAGUUUUUAUACACAUUUUACCAAGAUUGCUAUUCAUGAAACGACCACAGUACAAGUUUGAUACAACGAGAUCACGCUACACAGCGUGCGGCGUUGUGGUCCGUUGCGGCGGAGCUGCGAGGCCCCUGUACCCGUACCGACUGGCGGCCGCAGAUGACGACUGCUGCGCGCCCGGGGCUUGGCCGCCGCCCGCCGCGCCGCCGCCGCGACCGCUCACACGCACUCCGAGCAAGGAGGACCUGACGCAUACCACCUACCUCAAUUCCGGUAUGGGUGACAGCAACCGCUUCGGUGGCAGCUGUGUCGUCCAUGGAUCUACGGAAGGUGGCCCCGGCGGUCUAGGUGGACUGCCAGGCCCGGCCAGCGAGGAAGAAACCUUGAGCCCCGUGCCGGACCCACCCCCUGGGUUCAGUCACUCCGCCUGCCCACCAGAAGUACACAAGACAUGUUUCUGCGUGAGGUUCAUAGCAGAGCAUACACGGAUGUUAGAAGAUUCCACUAAAGUAAAAGAAGAUUGGAAGUACGUGGCGAUGGUCCUAGACCGGCUGUUUCUCUGGAUCUUCACACUCGCCGUGCUGGUGGGGACUGCCGGCAUCAUCCUGCAGGCGCCGACGCUGUACGACGACAGAGUACCCAUCGACAACCACUUCAACCAGUAUGCAACGUCCUCCUUGGUACGGUGUCCGCCGCCCGUCUAAGAACACAACUGAGUUCUGACUACAGCUGGGAAUGACCUCGUGUGAACGUGUCAUUUAAAUCAUAAUAAAUAACGACCAUUUUUUUUCUUUUUUAGGUGGUCAAUACAAAAAGAAUGCUACAAAUCGUAGAGUAUCUUUAUUUUUGAAAUAUCUGACUAGAUUUCAAUCAAACCUAAUGGUCUGAUGGUACAUGAGCCUCACAGGGUUUAAGAUAUGAUCACACGACAAAUCUGUUAAAUAGUCACAACUUCAGAAAUUUACGAGAACACGUAGAUGUGACUGGUGAUGACUGAUGUGGUGUGAAUAACUGAAAUUAAAAACCUGUAGUAUUCCUGCCAUAUUAAUAAGUAGUAAAAAUAUAACUGCCCAAUAUGUAUAAAGAUCUGCUACUUUGGGGCCCAAUUCAACCUCAACCAACCACACCAAUAAGUAAAAUACAUUAUUUCAUAUUUUUUUUGUUUGCAUUUUCGUGCAUUCCUUACCGAUUUUAAAUCCUGAAUGGUUUUGCAUAGGAUCACCGUGGUUUAUUGCCGUCGUGAACAACAUACUCCGAUACAUACAAAUACUAUUAGCCGAAGUAUCGCCUUUCUGCCAUAAUAAUAAUUACGAUAAGUAGGUAUACGUCGCUGUGUGAGACUGCAGUUCAAACAAUACAUCUAAACUGCUACAGGUGGAGUUACUUACUACCAAACUAAUUUGUCAUUGAGUGUUUAAUCAACUGAUUCAGAGGCAAAAGGAUCUACAUCACAUCUACGUUUUCCGUAAUAUUGCGUUGUAUUAGUAUGUCAUAUAUGAUAUUACCAUUCAAUAAGUAUGAAAUUAGCUGUGGCAUAUGUUGUAGUUUAUUUCGUAAUAAUUUAUAUAUGUUCUUCUUGGCGUCAAAGAAAAAACAGGCAUUUAUUGAAACACUCGGUCCAUUUCGAAUUGUGAUUGAAGUACUUGGCAUAUAUGCCUACAUCUAUCUAGUUAUGCCCUAUUAAUAAGUAUUUUCAUAAAGCAAUUCAUUAUUGUUCCCUCGAGUCGCUAAUGGCUAAUUAUUCACUAAAUGCGCGUUACCCAAAAUUAAGUUAAAAAAAGUUUUAGUGUGUGUGGUUUUACCACAUUGAUUUCAAUACGAAGUAAAUUACAACAACUGCAGUGGAGGAAUACGAGACCCAACGCACACCCGUCCCGCCCGGCACGUGUUCUAUUCCACGACACGUACCUACCUACUAUUAUGAUAGUCAUGUAAGAUACUACUCUAUUUCUCAUCUUUUACACUUUAAAGUCACUAUUGUAAUCUAAGUCUUGAAACAUAAGUUCAUUAUUUCGAAUAUGUUCCUAUUUUAUCAUCUAUUGAUGACAAUAACACAUCGUAAUCGAUUUGUCAUUACAAUACAAUGAGUUUAAUGUGAUUAUUAGAGAUUUUGAUAUGGUUUUAUUUGUUAUAAAAUAUUCUUAAUGUCAUAAAAAUAUUUUAUUAAUAAAAGUUCCGUUUGUUGUCUUUUUUUCAAAAGGUUAAGUCAGUCACAUGUAACUUCUUUGAAAACUGACAGAAUCUUAGCAAUCGUUAAAAUAAGAAAACGAAUGAAACACCACCAAACUUAAAUUGUCUGUGUUCAAAAAAUGUAUAGCUAAUAACAGUAGGUCUAGUGGAAGUAGUGUCAUCGUUCAUGCUCCUAUCAUAUGUAGCUCAUAAUUCGCACCUCGCUUAUUCUUAUAAGAACUUUACCUACUUAUGUUUUCGUUCGUGUAAUAAAUGUUAGCGCUAAAGUAGAAAUCAAAAGUAAUGUAAAUUAGGCAUUUAAUAUACGGUUAGCUAAUUUCAGUCUCUUCUAAGCUAUGCUAUUAGAUAUUACUGUAAAUUGUCGUAGAAUAGAACAUGUACAUUAUAAAUAACGAUUUUAUUAUUUAUAAGGAAAAUAUAGAAGUCGAAACCAAUGAAAUUCCGCUGGGUAAAAUGAUCAUUUAUGCGAAAAUUAUUGGCUUCGAUAAAAUUAUGUUGAAGCGAAUUUUUAUAAAGACUACUAAAGGUUGACAUGCCCAAUAUAUGAAGAAUUAUCCUUAUGAUAAUAAGUACAACAUAACAUUUAAUUUAAGUAAUGAUUGCUCAAUUUUCGAAUGGGUAUCUAUUUUUCGCUACUCGAUUUUCCCAUUGAUAUAUAAUAAUAAAAACAAUUUAUACCUUGUUUAAUACUUACCUAUGUUUUAAGUACUAAUAAACAGAAUUCAUAAAUGGUUUUUCUACAUGUAAUAUGUACAAUAUGUAAAACAAAUUAUUUCAUUUGUAUGAUUGUUUUUGCAUUCAUUUUAUUAGGUACGUAUCUAUAUUUGUUGUUCAUGUAAAUAAUAAUUUAUUGUAAAGACAGUCUACUUAGUGGACUGAUCAUGUCGAAAAUUUGGACAGGAAUUGAAAAAAAUAUAUAAACUGUAAAAUUGUGAAAGUCGGUAAAAAGUAACAAUGUAUUUAAAUGUUUGUACAAAAAUAAAUAACGAAAUUUAACGGAAAACACAAUAAAAAUGUGUUUUUAAUUAUUAUGAUACGAUGAUUUUGGUAAAAUUUCACACGAAAUAAAUUUUAAGAUUCUUACAUGAUUGAAAUUGAUUGUCAGGUCGAGAGAUAGUUAGGAAACGUUUUGGUGCAUAGUUUAGUAGUAAUAUUAAAUAGAAAAUAAUAGUUAUGAAUAAAUUAUUAUUUAUAAUCUAAACAC